AUGCCGGGCUGGGUGCCCCUCCCCACCCCGCUGCCCCUGCGGGACGCGGUGUCCUGGGACGGGCACUGCCCGCGGCUUCCGGAGCAGGGGCAGCCCCGGCCGCGGGGACUUGGCCCGCACACGUUUGGCGGGGGGACACACGCGUGUCCCGGGGGUGGGCAGCCGUGGGGCUCCGCCGUGCCGGCCCCCCGAGCCCCCCCCACGGCCCGGGGCAGACGCAGCUCCGCCACGCGUACCCCCGGCACCGCCCCGGCCACCCCGGCCACCCGCACCGCCACCACGCCGAGACCAGCCCCGCAGACCACGGGGCCAGGGCCCUCGGUCCCCCCUCUUCCGCAACCUCCCGUCCUGGUCACAACCCCCUCCCCCCGCCGCUCCGUGUCCAUCCGGGCCCCUCCGCGCCCCGCGGCUCCUCCCGCCGCAUCCCCGCUCCGCUCACCCGCCUCCCGCCCGGCCCGGCGGGGAGGGGACCGGGCUCUCCCCGCCCCGGCGCUCCCGGUGCUCUCGGUGAUCUCGGUGCCCCCGGUGCCGCGGCCCCUCCCGCCCCCCCCCACCGCGGGCGGAGCAGAGCGGAGCCGCCGGGCCUGGCCGGGCCCCGCCCCCGGGCCCGGCCGUUCGGGGGGGCGCGGAAAGCGGCCUCGGUGGAGCGGCCCCGGUCACCCGUGGGUCCGCCCAGGAGGGGCCGUCCCGGCACGGAGCCCUUCCCCGCCGUUCCGCCCCCCGCGGGUGGGCCCUCGGCCUGUCCAGGUGCGACACCUCACCUGCCGCCCGCUCCCAAGAUCGGCGCUGUCCGGCCGGGGGCUCCGCGGCCGGGCUGGGGGCACGGGCGGGGGGAGCGGAUGGCGGCCCCUGAGUCAGCCCCGCGCCGCCCACGCCCCCUCCCACGGCUGCCGCCGCACCAGCUUGUGGCAUUUCGCUCGCCGGAGACGGCGCCGCAAACACGCGCCGGUGCCAGCCGGUGCCGGUGCCGCCGCAGCCCGCGCGGCCACGCGUGUCCCCCCACGCGCGGCACCGGCGCGGGGCCGGUGCAUCCCGCACCGCUGCCACCCGCUCUGCCCCGGGCCGGGCGGCGCCGCGGUGGCACCACGGACAGCGCCGGUCCGGCACCGCGAACAGCGCCGCGGUCCCGCGUGGGUGCGGACCACCGCCCACCGCGCCCUCCCGGCGGCUCGCUGGGUGCGGGGCUCCCGGCCCCGCCGCACCCACGCCGGGGACAGCCCCCGCGGGGUCCCGCCGUCCAUGAGGGCACCAAAGCCCGGCGCCGGGGCAGGGAUCGGCGUGGCCCCAAGCGGGCGCCCGCAGCGCGUCCCCCGCCGUCCCCGCCGUCCCCGCCGGGAGUCCCUAUGCCCACCCGUGUCCCGCCUGGGGCGUGCCAGUCCGGGAAGGGUUAAACGGCGGGACCGGCGCGGGGGGCGGAGCGGCCGCCCCGGGAUAAGGCGCGGCGCGGGGAGGGCUCAGCCCCACGGAGCCGCGGGCAGCGCCGCGCCGAGCCCACCCGUGCCCGAGCCCGAGCCCACCCGUGCCAUGCCCCGGGGUGGCGGCGGCUGCUGCUCCCGGCGGCGCGGCGGGGGCGAAGGGGGCGAGCAGCCCCCCCCGGCACCGGCCAUGACCCCGCGGGUGGGCAGCGCCUGA